GCGUACGUUAUGAGUUCAGCUGGUAUUUAGUUUCAACAGUAUGAAAUAAUUGGAAAAGAAAAUCCCCCUCUCCAUAUUUUCCUUAGGUUGCAUUUUUACUCUGCAGUUCUGACAGGUAAAUGUGAGUUGCCUUCUUUUCUUGAUUCCCAGGUACUAUCUGACUGUUGCAACUAAACAUGGAGAGUUGCAGAGAAGCCUGUCCCACCUUCCUUUCUGAUGUGCCACAACUGUCAUCUUACUGUUGCUUAUCUUUUGAAGGGCCUUCAUAAUUGCCCAGAAUUUUGACGUCACUGGACUGCACAGUUCCUUGUCGUACUUAUAAAUCAAUACUUUUCUAUUAUUUUUGUCCAGGCAUUGGGAGCUAGCCUUUGGAGAAACAUCCUGAGUUCUCUGAACUUUUACUACCUGUGAUGUUUAUUGCAGAGCAGUUAUUACAUGAAAAACCCAAGCAAGUUAAAUUUCCUGAUAGACGUUGAUGUACCUUCCAUGUGCAGUUUAGAAGAAAGAAAAGGAGCUUUUUCAUUGUCCUCUGGGCUUCUGGGUAGCCUGGCUAGCUCUGAGUUAGGCAGGAAUUGUUUGUGAUUCAUGGACCGAAGUGUGUUGUACGUUCUGUUUUGGUAGCAGUGUAUUGUAUCCGGACUUGAGUGACCAAAUCUAGGUCAAAGACCAUAUAGAUUAUUCAUGCAUUAUCAUAAACAGUGCAAAUUUAGGUCAACAGAAGCUUACUGUGAAAUACUACCUUUCUUGCAUAUGUAGUGAUUAUGUUGGUUUUUUUUAUUACUAUUUAUUGGAGUAGUUUCACCGGGUUUGAGUCAGUUAACCAUAGCUGAAGGCUAAAGUUAGUGAUAGGAAGAAGUGACUUGAUGGAAGUCUGCCAGACUUUGUCACUUCUGAUGCUAACUCUUACUUGUUUCCAGAAGAGUUGCAGACGUUUCCCUGCAGGGGAGGGAGUUUUCCCUAAAAGUGUACCUGAGACUGUAAUACCCAGGAAAAAUUUGGGUUCCUAUGCACGGGGAUGUUUUGAGCUGGUGUAUUCCGAGGUUGAGCAGUGGAGUGUUCAGUGCACGUGCGGAACAUCAUUUGCAGAUGUAAAUCUUGUCAGUGUUUUUAUAUGAAGAUUUCACAUCUGAUACUAUUUCAGAAUAGUCUCAGAAUAGUGAUAAUUACUGUCCAUAGGACAUUGCUGAAGGCUUUGAGAAACAUAUGAAUGUUAGCUUUUGCUCUUUUAUGACAUGCUCAGGCAUCUACCUUCUUCUACUCAUAGUGUUCCUAACCUUGUUAGCGGCAAGGCUGUGAAUGCUAACAGCUUCCCUGUUUCUCCUGGUGGGCUGGGUAGCUGCAUUGCCUUGGUUUGGAACUGUCAUUUGCACUGUGCUGCCUGUCAAAUUUCUGUGCAGGAGAAAAAUCUGAGGACUGAUUUGCAGAUUUAAGCACAUGUAUGAACCUAUCAUGAGAAAGAAACAGGAAUUUAUGUAGGACUAACUGAAGAGAUUAGGAGCUAAAAAGCAUUUGAAAUUUAAUAGGUGUCUUUUCUGUUUUUUCCGCAUAAUUCAAGACCACAGAGCUUAAUCCAUUUGUUUCUGUACCGAGUCCGUUAUCUUGUAUUUGAUUAAAGAUUGCUUUCAAGAAAGGCAUCCAGCCUUGUUCCAAAGACAUCGAGGUAUCGGAACCAUGGCUUUGCCAGGGAGGUCGUUUCAACUUUUAUAAUGAUCUUCAGCAUUGGUAGUUCUGUUAACCUGUCCAACCAACAGUUACACAGUAUCCCGCUCUUCGGACCAUACCUUUGUUAAAAGUAGAGGAAAAGAAAUAGGAGUCCUACAAGCAGAUUCAGUGAGUCCUGAAGCAAAUUAGUCUCUUUCACUGGGAGGAUAUUUGUAUAUUUGAAGUGUUGCUGAUAAUUCAAACAUGUUAAUUAAUGUGAAGCCUGACAGAUCCAGGAUAAUUGUCAAGAUGGUGGAUAAGAACAUUUACAUUGUACAAGGUGAAAUCAACGCCGUGGUGGGAGCCAUAAAGCGUAAUGCCCGAUGGAGCACUCACACGCAUCUGGAUGAAGAAAGAGAUCCCCUGCUGCAUAGCUUUAGCCUCUUAAAAGAAGUGCUGAAUAAUAUAACAGAGCUAUCUGAAAUUGAACCCAACGUCUUUCUUCGGCCUUUCCUGGAAGUAAUCCGUUCUGAAGACACUACAGGCCCCAUAACUGGAUUGGCCCUCACCUCUGUGAAUAAGUUCCUCUCAUAUGCCCUAAUAGAUCCCAGCCAUGAGGGCACAGCAGAGGGGAUGGAGAACAUGGCAGAUGCUGUCACUCAUGCCCGAUUUGUGGGCACGGAUCAUGCGAGUGAUGAGGUUGUCCUGAUGAAAAUCCUACAGGUUUUGAGGACCUUGCUGCUCACUCCAGUGGGAGCCCGCCUCACCAAUGAAUCUGUGUGUGAGAUCAUGCAGUCCUGUUUCCGCAUAUGCUUUGAAAUGAGACUUAGCGAGUUAUUGAGAAAAUCUGCAGAGCACACUCUGGUCGACAUGGUGCAGCUGCUCUUCACAAGGUUGCCUCAGUUUAAAGAAGAGCCUAAAAGCUACAUGGGAACUAACAUGAAGAAGAUCUCUUCAUGUCUCCUCAACAAACUGGAGCUAAGUAGUGGGGAACAGCCCAAAGCCCUGAACCAAUUAGAGAGGGUAUUGCUCUUUAAGAACCUGAAGGCUUACAGUAUCUUAUGGAAAAACAAACGAGUGCAGUUGAAAAUGAGAGCUGGAGGAAUGAGUGAAUCAUCAAAAUGGAAAAAGCAGAAGAGAUCACCAAGGCCUCCUCGCCAUGUAACUAAGGCCUCUCCUGGAACAGAACAACCAGCAACCAAUGCUAGUAACAUCGCAGCAAGCGGAGUUACUUUCAUAGAUGCUCCUUCUCCCAGCUCCUCUGGGAGCUCAGAAAAUGUUUCAUCUGUGGUCAGUCCUGCUACAGACAGUGGUUUGGAGUUGUCCUCACAGACUACCUCCAAGGAAGACCUGACAGACUUGGACCAAGCUACUUCUUUGGGACUUAAUGCAGGAAUGCCUUCAAAUGAGGCCAAAGUCACUGAAAAUCAAAAUCAACCCGAACUCCAGAAUGAAAGUCUGAGGGAGGAGAAGAUCCAGUCAGCAUCUGUCGAGUCUAUCCCUGAGGUCCUAGAGGAGUGCACAUGUGUAGCAGAACAUUCUGACUCUGCCUCAGUUCAUGACAUGGACUAUGUAAAUCCCCGAGGAGUGCGUUUUACUCAGUCUUCCCAAAAAGAAGGAGCAGCACUGGUCCCAUAUGGACUACCAUGUAUUAGAGAACUGUUCCGCUUUCUUAUCUCGCUCACCAACCCUCAUGACCGCCACAACUCUGAGGUGAUGAUCCACAUGGGGCUGCAGCUGCUAACUGUUGCCCUGGAGUCAGCACCCAUUGCAAACUGCCAGUCCCUCUUGGGACUUGUUAAAGAGGAAUUGUGCCGGCACCUAUUUCAACUACUGAGUGUGGAACGGAUCAAUCUGUAUGCAACCUCCCUCAGGGUGUGCUUUCUUCUCUUUGAGAGCAUGAGAGAGCAUCUGAAAUUCCAGCUGGAGAUGUAUAUCAAGAAGCUGAUGGAAAUAAUCACUGUGGAAAACCCAAAGAUGCCCUAUGAAAUGAAGGAGAUGGCUUUGGAAGCCAUUGUUCAGCUGUGGAGGAUUCCCAGUUUCGUGACCGAGCUCUACAUUAACUACGACUGUGACUACUACUGUGCCAACCUCUUCGAGGAGCUCACCAAGCUGCUGUCCAAGAAUGCCUUCCCAGUUUCUGGACAGCUGUAUACUGUCCAUCUGCUGUCUCUGGAAGCAUUACUGACAGUGAUAGAUAGCACUGAGGCACAUUGCCAGGCCAAAGUGCUGAGUAGCGUACAUCAACAAGAGAAAGAAGUUGUGAAAUCCAGCCCAGAAACCAUGAACAGCACCAAAGAAACAAGCAAUAAUAAUGAGAGAGUACUCGGUGAGGGAAAAUCUUCCAGUACAGUCUCAGAGCCAGCUGGGGCAUGUCCUCCCACCAGUGGGUGCCUUAUGGCUGACCAGAUGAAGGAGGGCUGCAUGGAAUUGGAAGGAGGAAGUGAGGCAGCUGAGAAGAGCAUCCCCAGGAAGCCUACUCGAUUUUCUUGUAUCCUUCCAAGUCCUCAGGAACUUACGCAGAUUAAGAACAAAAAGAAGCUCCUGAUAACUGGCACAGAGCAGUUCAACCAAAAGCCAAAGAAAGGGAUACAGUUUCUGCAGGAGAAGAACCUUCUUGCCACCCCCAUCGACAACAAUGAGGUGGCCAGGUGGCUACGGGAAAAUCCUCGCCUGGACAAAAAGAUGAUUGGGGAAUUUGUGAGUGACCGUAAGAACAUAGACUUGCUGGAAAGCUUUGUUGGGACUUUCAGCUUCCAAGGUUUAAGGCUGGAUGAAGCUUUACGACUUUAUCUAGAGGCCUUUAGAUUACCAGGAGAGGCACCCGUAAUCCAGAGACUGUUGGAAGCCUUCACAGAACAUUGGAGGAAAUCAAAUGGGUCCCCAUUUGCUAAUAGCGAUGCCUGUUUUGCCCUGGCCUAUGCAGUUAUUAUGCUGAACACUGACCAGCACAACCAUAAUGUCCGCAAGCAGAACGUCCCAAUGACUCUGGAGGAGUUUCGGAAGAACUUGAAAGGUGUGAAUGGAGGCAAAGACUUUGAACAGGACAUAUUGGAGGACAUGUACCAUGCCAUCAAAAAUGAUGAGAUAGUGAUGCCAGAAGAACAGACUGGCCUUGUGAAGGAAAACUAUAUCUGGAAUGUCCUGCUACAUCGUGGUGCCACUGAUGAGGGAAUAUUUCUUCAUGUGCCUCCUGGAAGCUAUGACCAUGAUCUCUUCACCAUGACAUGGGGGCCAACCAUUGCAGCGCUUUCUUAUGUUUUUGACAAGAGCUUAGAAGAAACAAUCAUCCAGAAAGCUAUCUCUGGUUUCAGGAAAUGUGCAAUGAUUUCUGCUCACUAUGGCCUUAGUGAUGUGUUUGACAAUCUCAUAAUUUCUCUCUGCAAGUUUACAGCCCUCAGCAGUGAGUCUAUUGAGAACCUGCCCACUGUUUUUGGAAGUAAUCCCAAGGCCCACAUUGCAGCAAAGACUGUGUUUCACUUGGCCCAUCGCCAUGGUGACAUUCUGCGGGAGGGAUGGAAAAACAUCAUGGAGGCCAUGCUACAGCUUUUCCGAGCAGAGCUGCUGCCCAAGGCCAUGGUGGAGGUUGAAGACUUUGUGGAUCCUAAUGGCAAAAUCUAUCUGCAACGUGAGGAGACACCAUCUAACCGUGGUGAAUCUACAGUGCUGAGUUUUGUUAGCUGGCUCACCCUCAGUGGGACAGAGCAAUCUGGUAUGAGGGGGCCAUCUACAGAGACACAGGAGGCAAAGCGAGCAGCUCUGGAAUGCAUAAAGCAAUGUGAUCCUGAGAAGUUGAUCACAGAAAGCAAAUUCCUCCAGCUUGAAUCCCUCCAGGAGCUCAUGAAGGCUCUAAUCUCUGUGACUCCUGAUGAGGAGACAUAUGAUGAAGAGGAUGCUGCCUUCUGCUUGGAGAUGCUUCUGAGGAUUGUGCUAGAGAAUAGGGAUCGUGUGACCUGUGUCUGGCAAACUGUCCGAGACCACCUCUAUCAUCUCUGUGUCCAUGCGAUGGAGUUCUGCUUCUUGGUGGAGAGGGCAGUGGUGGGGCUGCUGAGACUGGCAAUUCGGCUCCUUCGUCGGGAAGAAAUCAGUGUGCAGGUUCUCCUCUCACUACGUAUCCUGCUCAUGAUGAAGCCAAAUGUGCUGUCCAGAGUUAGCCAUGAGGUUGCCUAUGGCCUCCAUGAACUCCUGAAGACCAAUGCUGCCAACAUUCACUCCGGGGAUGACUGGUACACGCUCUUCACCCUCCUGGAGUGUAUUGGGUCUGGGGUGAAGCCGCCUGCAGCCCUACAGGUUACAGCAAGGGCAGAUAACGACACAGGUGCUCAGUCAGACAGCGAGGUCUCUUCCUCCUAUCAUCCAAGUGACAUGAGCCUGGACCGUGGCUACACCUCUGAUUCGGAGGUGUACACAGACCACGGGAAGCCAGGCAAGAUGCAUCGCUCAGUGACAGAUGUGGAUGUCAUGAACAGUGGCUGGCUAGUGGUGGGAAAAGAUGACAUCGACACCUCCAGAUCCACUGCUGGGCUCAGCAGGCUGGGGCCGUCUCCUCUCGUCAACCAGUACAGCCUGACUGUGGGGCUGGAUUUGGGCCCACAUGACACAAAGUCUCUCAUGAAGUGCGUAGAGUCCCUGUCCUUCAUCGUGCGAGAUGCUGCCCACGUUACACCUGAGAACUUCGAGCUCUGCGUCAAAACCAUCCGCAUCUUUGUGGAGGCGAGCUUGAAUGGGGGCUACAAGUCCCAGGAGAAGAGGGGGAAGAGCCACAGGUAUGACAGUAAAUCCAGUCGGUUAAAAAAAAAGCCGAAGGAGAGCUCCACACGGCGAUCACGGGUCUUGAGCCAGCACCAGGCACACACACACAGUGAUGAGGACGAGGAUGAGAACAUCCCUGCCAGCUACCACACUGUGUCUUUACAGGUUAGUCAGGACCUCCUGGACCUCAUGCACACCUUGCACACACGAGCGGCCACCAUCUACAGCUCCUGGGCAGAGGAGCAACGCCAUCUAGAGACAGCAGGGAGGAAAAUCGAAGCAGAUUCCCGAACACUGUGGUCCAACUGCUGGUGUCCUUUGCUACAGGGUAUUGCCUGGCUGUGCUGUGAUGCCCGACGCCAGGUACGGAUGCAGGCACUCACUUACUUGCAGCGGGCCCUCCUGGUACAUGACUUGCAGGCCCUGGAUGCCCUGGAAUGGGAGUCCUGCUUCAACAAGGUGCUGUUCCCUCUGCUAACCAAGCUACUAGAGAACAUCAGUCCAGCUGACGUUGGUGGGAUGGAAGAAACUAGGAUGAGAGCCUCAACACUACUCUCCAAGGUGUUCCUACAGCAUCUUUCCCCACUGCUCUCACUGACCACCUUUGCUGCCCUGUGGCUGACAAUCCUGGACUUUAUGGACAAAUACAUGCAUGCUGGCUCCAGUGACUUAUUGCUGGAGGCCAUCCCAGAGUCUCUGAAGAAUAUGCUGCUUGUAAUGGAUACGGCUGGAAUAUUCCACAGUGCUGACUCACGGACAGGAUACUCAGAUCUCUGGGAGAUCACCUGGGAGCGGAUUGACUGUUUCUUACCUAGGCUGCGGGAUGAGCUCUUCAAACAGACAGUCAUCCAAGAUCCUGUCCCCAGCACAUCAAUGGAGCAGCAGCAUCAGAAAUCGAUAGCGUCUGCCCUGCCCCCUUCUCCUGCUGGGGAUGUGAGACCAACCACCCAUCUGGCUACUUUGGAAAAGCCCUGUGAACUGGGUGCCACUGAGUCUGAGAGAGCCACUGCACCUGCCUCACCCAGUAUCAGCACCUCUGCCUCUUCUUCUUUCCCAGCAUCAGCUCCAACAAAGACAAGCCCGGUUACAGACAUACCUCCUACGACAGCACAGCCACCACUCAUCCUGCAGCCUCUUGCCUCUCCCCUGCAGGUUGGGGUGCCACCUAUGACUCUGCCAAUCAUUCUCAACCCAGCCCUAAUUGAAGCCACCUCUCCUGUUCCCCUCCUAGCUACUCCACGGCCCACUGACCCCAUGACAACCUCUGAAGUCAAUUAGUUUGAGGGUGUCUGAGAACUGUCUGCUGAGGAAGCUCUGUAGGUGGAGGAUGCUGGCCAAAUGUUCUCUGGUAGUGGGCAUGUUUGUUUUAGAAGAUGAUGCUAACCUGAGCAGAAGGGCUGCUGUCACAAUCCCCCUGGAGCACAUCACGUUUUGCUCCCUUCUUGUGGCAACCACCUAGAAAUCCACCUAGAAAUCCCUGUCUUCUUGGAGGGUUGCCCGGUUCCACUGACCAGUCUUCUUCCUGCCUUCACUAUCUCAGGGGCCAGGCAACACCCGCACCCAGCAGUCUGGGACCAAGCUGCCACCAGUUCAUCUGGUGAAGAGGGAAAACUCUUUGAUGUCACACCAGAGAGGGGCUGCAGUACAGGACUGCCUCUCAGAUUAUUCAGUCCAGUCCCUGGACAAUUCCCCAGCUGUUCCCUCGCUUUUCUGCCCAUGCUUCUGGUUGCACUGCUUUGUGUGGGCUCCAGGCAUGUCUGGGUUCAGCCGGUUGAGAAUUUGUGUAGAAACGUGGAUUGCUUACAGUGCAGCUCCCAGCUUACUACGUAGGGCUUCUUGUCUGCUAUGGCCACAUGCUUUCCUUCUGCACCACGGAUCAUGGCAAUCCCUGUGCCAGAGGGAGUAGGGAGCUGGGGAGCCUGGUAUGGGCAGCACUGCUUUCCUCCCUCCUCCUGUAAUGUAAUCAAGCUUUCUGGUUGGAGGGAGCAAAUUCAGAAGGCUCUGCCUUGUUGAGCAGAUGAGAAGGAAAUGCAGAGUCCUGUGAGCUGAGAGCAGAGCACCAUGCCCAUGUCCCAGACAGGGAGCCCCUCCCCAGGGGUGCACAGCAGUGCUAUGUUGUCCGCCACUUGCUAUGUUGGCCUCUUAGUGUCCAGCCCCAUUCCGCAGGAGAACACCCCCUUCAGCUAGAGAAGAUGUGGGGAUCUGUGGCUGACAGAUGCCUGGCAAGUCUGCUGUGUUUUCUUGUGGAAGCUCUGCAGAGAUUGCAGCCUUCCGCAUCUUCUAAUUGUUGGGAGCCCACCUCCUUCUCCACCUAGAACGCCCUUGCAGCCAAAGCCCUGGUAGUCAUUAUUGUGCUUCUGCCUUGCAGCAAGGAUGUCCUGCUCUUCCCACCCCCUUAUGCCCAGAGCAGAGCUUGCUGCCUGGCAAGCACUGCAUCUCCGUUCUUCCUCCUCUCUUGAUUAGUUGGCAAAAUUCUCCAUAAUAUCAACCUUGGGAAUCCCAGUGGUGACUGGGAGGGGUACAGGCGGGACUCCAACCCAGUGUGUACUGUACUGAGGAACCUACAGUUGGGGUGGGAGUACAACCAGUGUACAUAUAGAGUAAAUGGCUACAAAUCUAAUGGACUUUUUACAGUGUAAUAAAUACAUCCUGUAAAUGAA